AAUAAAAAGAAAAAAUGGAAAAUUAACACGAAAGAGCAUUUUAAAAAUAAGACGGAAUAUUUUUGAAUUCAAAAAAAGUUUUAUAAAAAAAAACUUCAACUGGCGUCAGAUACUAUAAAAAUAUUGGCUUAGGAUUCAAAACCCCAAAAGAAGCAAUUGAUGGUCAUUAUAUAGACAAAAAAUGCCCUUUCACAUCUAACCUUUCAAUUAGAGGAAAACUUAUUAAGGGUUUAGUUAUUUCAACUAAAAUGAACAGAACUGUUAUUAUCAGAAGAGAUUAUUUACAUUAUGUAAGAAAAUACAAUAGAUAUGAAAAGAGACACAGAAAUAUUGCUGUCCAUGUUUCACCAUGCUUUUAAGUUAAAGAAGGUGAUAUUCUUGUUGCUGGAUAAUGCAGACCUAUCUCUAAAACUGUCAGAUUCAAUACACUUUAAGUUUACCCAAAUGAAAUUGUAGGUUCAGUAAGAAAAUAAUUCUUACUCUUCUGAAAUAAUAUUAUUAAUUGAAAUAUAUAAAUACUAUUAAAAACAUAGUUAAUAUAUUUUUAAACAAUUAAAUUUAUUUAAACAUUUUAAAUUAU